AUGCCUGCCUAUUCGACAGUGAGAGUUGGAAAGAAGUACUCGCCUUCGUUCAAGGUGUAUGUAACACAGGAUGGGAAGAUAGUAUCGCCGUUUCAUGACAUUCCUUUGUAUAUGUCAGGCAACAGGGAAAUUGUGUCUGUCGUCAAUGAGAUACCUAGGUUUGAGAAUGGAAAGUUUGAGAUCAACAAAGAGGAAGCAUUCAAUCCAAUAAAGCAGGAUAUUAAGAAGGGAUGGCCAAGGUUUGUAAAGAAUGUCUUUCCCAUGAAAGGGUAUCUGUGGAACUAUGGCGCCCUACCACAAACAUGGGAGAAUCCUCAUGAGGUUGAUAGGCAUACCGGGGCAAGGGGUGACAAUGACCCACUGGAUGUUAUUGAGAUAGGAAGAAAGAGAAAGGAGGUUGGAGAGGUUUAUCAGGCAAAGGUUCUUGGAAGCAUUGCAUUGGUUGAUGAGGGAGAGUGUGACUGGAAAGUGGUAGUUAUUGAUGUCAACGACGAAAAAGCAAAGGAAAUCAAUGAUAUCGAGGAUGUCCGAAAGGUUUACGAAGGACUGCUUGAGCAAACGAUUUUUUGGUUUAAGAACUACAAGGUUCCUGAUGGGAAGCCUAAGAACAACUUUGCUCUGGAUGGGAAGUACAUGGACAAGAAGUUUACUGUGGGCAUUAUCAAAAGUGCCUAUGAGAAUUGGUGCGGAAUGAUAAAUUCCAAGAGUGACACCAAUAUUUGCAAGGAGAAUUCUACUCUCAUGGAUAAGGUUGACUCUCCUGCAAUCAUCCAAGAGGACUUGUCUGAUGAGGAGGUUCCUGAAUGUGUUCAUCAGUUUGAGUUUAUUAAAUGA